AUGUGGCUGUGUGCAGCAUCGUCUGGUUUCAGCGACGAUGUCCCUCCUGUGGUGACCACGGCCAGCGGCAAGGUGCGAGGAACGGUGCAGUACACAAACGACCUGCCGGACAAACCUGUCUACACCUUCCUCGGCAUCCCGUACGCAGCGCCCCCUGUCGGAGACCUGCGGUUCCGCGCCCCCCAGCCUGCCGCUCCGUGGGAAGGAGUCAGGGAUGCUACUGAACUGGGACCAUACUGUCCUCAAGACUAUGCUAUGUUAAAAGGGUUCCCCGCUCACUAUCAUCACGCCACUUUCGACGAAGACUGUCUGACGUUAAACAUCGAAACGCCGUCACUUGGAAAUAACGCAAUUCUGCCGGUUUUGCUGUGGAUCCAUGGAGGUGCGCUGUUGGCGGGUGCAGGCGGGAUGUGGCCCUACGCGUCUCUGGCGGCCCAUCAGGACGUGGUGGUCGUCACGAUCAACUACCGCCUCGGUCCGCUAGGUUUCCUCAGCACUGGGGACGAGAACGCACCUGGCAACUUCGGCUUCCUGGACCAGGUCCAAUCGAUGCUUUGGGUCAAAGAGAACAUAAGAAACUUCGGAGGGGAUCCUGACCGGAUUACGAUUUUUGGCGAGUCCGCUGGUGGAGCGAGUGUGUGUUACCACGUUGUGUCUCCUCUCAGCAAGGGUCUGUUCCAUCGUGCGAUAUCUCAGAGCAGCGUCUGUCAGACCCUUGAUGUCAACCCCCAGCCACUGGAGAGAGGGGUGGCGUUGGCAGAAGACCUCGGCUGUGAGACCGGAGACACCGCGAGCAUGGUGACCUGUCUCAGGCAGGCGUCGUCCGAUGACCUCGUCGCCAGUCAUCGGCGUCUACAGAUGAACCUCCGGCUUCAGGGAGCUGAGCUCUUCCCGUUCCCGCCCGUGGUUGACGGGACGUACCUUCCGGGUCAUCCCAAUGAUCUUCUACACAAGGGUGUAGUAAACGUGGCACAGUACCUUCUUGGAGCGAAUGAUCACGAGUACGGAUUUCGUAUCCCUUUGGGGACGAUUCCAAACUUCGGUCAGGGAAUGACAGAGGAGGAAUUUCUCUUCCGUCUGGAGAUGCUCGUGAGCAGGCUUUAUCCUACUUCCAAGAAGAACGACAUCGUGGCGGCCCUACGUGAAGAGUACCAGUACAACCCUGAUGAUUCCAUGGCCAUACAGAACCAGUUCACACAUGUGUACGGAGACCAGUUAUUGGUCGCUCCUACUGUUUUCGUUGCAAAGAAAUUUGCUGAUCAUGGCCAAGUCUACCUGUAUGACAACCGGUACGUCUCAUCAGUAGCCUCCGCUGGUCGGCCGGACUGGGUUGGAUGUGACCAUACGGACGAACUUGUGAUCUUGGCCGGCCUGGCCUUUCUAAACCCUCCAGCUGUGUCUGGGGAUGAUCAUCGCCCAUUUUCCAACGAAGAUAAAAAGACGAGUCUGUACAUGAUGGCAUAUUGGGCCAACUUUGCUCGAACUGGGAACCCAUCUGACGGUACCGGCGGCCCAGCUGACAGCCCCACGGUACCAGAGUGGCCCCAGUACACACCUGACAACCCCGCCUACAUGAAGCUGGAUGUGACGUCAUCUGCUGACAUAGGGCUGAAGACCCAGAAGAUGAAACUGUGGAAUGACGUCAUUCCAAAGCUCGUAUCAUCAUCUGUUAGGGAUGAAUUGUAG